AUGGACUUCUUCUCGCAGACAUACACCGCUCUCCGAGGUCCACAAGGGCAGCAACAGACACCCGAGGAGACGAUCGGGCGCUUAGCCGACCGCCUUUCUCCAGAAACUCAACUCGCCGACAGGCGCGCGGCGGUCCUCGCGCUCAAGGGCCUAACGCGCAAGCAUCGCGGGCUGGUAGCCGACCAAUGUCUGCCGGGUCUCGUGCGCAUCGUGCGCGAGGAUGCUGCGCAUGACCCUGAGAUUGCGCGCGCUGCACUCGAAGCCGUCUUGAUGCUGGUCGACACAACCGAAUCGACUAAUAACGGACCUGCACGGGAUAUUGCCUUAGCGAACGCUGCGAAAGUAUUGCAAGAUCCUGGACUUACUCAUGCUUGUUGCGCACUUCUCGGCGACGAGGACUUCUACGUGCGCUUUGCCGCCUGCUCGCUGCUCAGUGCAUUGCUACAAACGAGGCCACAAGCAGUUCAAACCUUCUUCUUGACGGCGCCGGCUGGACCGACAAGGGUGGUCACAUUGCUGGAGGACAGCAGGGAUAUGUUGGCGCGAGAGGCUCUGCACAUGCUGUCUAUGCUGCUACGCAAGAGUGGAGAGAUACAAAAGGUCCUUGCCUUUGAUGGCGUAUUCGAGAAGCUAUUUGGUAUCAUCACACGAGAAGGCGGUCUCGACGGCGGAGAGUAUGUGGAGGAAGCGUUGAAAUGUGUGGAUAUGCUAUUGCGUUUCAACACAUCCAACCAGAGUUACUUCCUCGAGACACCUCUCCCCGCCGCACUAUGCACGCUGCUGUACUUCAACCCCGGUAUUCGGCCAGAACUGCCCGCACCUCAAGAGUUUGCGCUCCAGUUCUGGUCUCCGGGAAAAGCGACAUGUGCGUCACUGGUGAUCGACAUAAUCGGCUUACUGCUUGCUGCAAAGGGUCCUGCUCUGAGAGAAGGCUACGCAUAUACGAGGAUGCUGAUCGAGCUCUCCUUCGCUUCCAACGCUCCCACUGUAGUCAAGGUGCAGGCACUCCGCCACCUCCCAGCGGACGCCACGCCUAUGCUCCCUGAGAUCGUCGUGACGCCCUAUGUCCCUGUUCCUGAAACCAACGGCGAGGAGUGGGACAAGCUCGAAGCUGCCACCGCUCUCGACGCUUUGAUAGAGCUCAUUAUGCACGGCGAGUAUAAUGGCGCCGAUGCUGAGCGCCGGGCGAAGCCCAGCAUGGACCUGCGUGCAAGUGCAGUUGGUGUAUUCGAGAACUUCAUACGAGACGACUCGGUCAAAGAAGCUAUCGUUGCUGGUAUGCUCCCUCCGGAAGAUGCGGGACCCAACGCGCGGUCGCCUCUGACACCACUACUCUUCGGUCUCCUCGCCACACCAAAGGGCGAUACACCACCGGACCGCGUCGCCGUCGUAUCAUUCCAAUUCGCAUCAGUCCUUCUCGCCCAUCUUCUCCGCCACACCCCGCCCUGCAAGAACCUCGCUCGGCAGAUCGUACCACCACCUCUCAAUGCCGACGGGACAGAAGGCAGCGGGGCAUUCUUUGUGCCGGCAGAUGGUAGUGCACCUCCGCCCGCGCAGGAGGAGAAAGAUGAGGACGAAGACGAGGCGCAGAGCUUGCUGCAGAUUUUGACGGAGCAUCUGAGUCUGGCGUUCCUCGCGCGCACGCGGGAUGGACUGUCAGAAGCCGACUCACGAGAGUGGGACAGGUGGCUCAUCGCGUAUCUGUCUUUGCUCUCGCAGUGGCUAUGGGAGGACCCUAAAGCCGUGCGAACGUUCCUUGAGGCGGGCGGUAUGGGCUUUCUCAUUGAACAACUCAAUCAACCUUCAGAAACGGACAUCGUCGUUCCCGGCCUUUGCGCCUUUCUCCUCGGCGUCUGCUACGAGUUCAACCGCGACACCGACUCGGACUCUCCAUCCGAGAUCACGCGUAGUAGCAUGUACCCCUUACUCUCGCGUCUCGGACAGAGCACACUCUCCGGACGUCUGACGAGGCUGAGGGACGACGACAGGCUGAAGGUCGUGGCGCCUGAUGUCUGGGUGCUGCCUUGUCCCACGCCUGCGAGUCUAUCGCCAGGUUUCCAACCGCGGUACGAUGACGAGGCGGAGAUCUGGUUCGAUUGGGCGUUCGUUGACUUCUGGAAGUCUGUGAACCAGACAAUCAUGCGCGCGAUCAUGGCCGAGCCGGAUUCACCUCCGCAGACAUCUGCACAGAGCGGAGAGGAGAGCAUGCUCGUCUCAUCGUUACGCGAUGCCCUAGCGAAGCAGGCUGUAGAGAUUGAUGGGUUGAAGCGUUUGUUGGCUGAAGCCGCGACGUCACAACAAACGUCCUCUACCUCGCAAGCAGAGCUUGCUGCUGCACAACAAAGGCUCUCUACAGUCGAAGCUGACCUCGCUUCUGCCCGGGCCGAUGCGGAGAAGUGGAAAGCUGAGGCAGAGGCAGCAGAGGCCAAAGCUCAAGCUGUCGCGGCGGAAGCAGCGGCAAAACCCGAACCCGCACCUGCACCUGCCCCCCUCGUACCCGACUUAUCGGGCGAACUGGAGACUGUCAAGUCUGAGCUCGAGGCAGAACGCACGAAGCGUGCGGAAGUCGAGAAGGAGCAGGAGGAUCUCCUGGUGUUAUUGGACGAGAUCAGCGACAAACGGAAGCGGGAUAAGGCAAAGAUGAAGGAGGCUGGAUGGGAGGUGUCUGAGGAUGAGGAAGAUGACGAUGAAGAAGAUGAAGAUUCGUCAUCAUCUGAGGAUAGUGAUGUCGAGCGCAGGAAAAAGAAGAAGCGGAGGAGAGAGAAGGAUAGGGACAGGAGCAGGAGUGGCAGUCGAGAACGGAGAAAAGAGAAGAGGCGGUUGAAGAAGGAGAAGAAGGAGCGUAAGAGGCAGAAGAAGAACGCUACUGCGGCUACUGGUGGCGAGUGGGGGAAGUACGGUAUUAUUUCUGAAACUGAUAUAUACAGCAAGGACGCAGAGUUCCGUGCAUGGCUCGUGGAGGAACGCAUGUUGAAUCCCGAGACUCUGCCGAAGGACAAAACUCGAAAGGAGUUCUUGCGCUUCGUCGAAGACUUCAAUACUGCGACGUUACCGCACGAGAAGUUCUACCACAUUGAAGCCUAUGAGCGACGAAUGAAUGCGAUGCGCUCUGGCGAUACAUUACCACCUACGGACGGUGGGUACGACUUCGAGGCUGAUAUCAAGGCACACAAGAGCACGCACAAGGUUCCCGAUAAGGAGAGGGAAAGUUACCUCAGUCGGGAGCAGCUGCAGGAGCUGAGGCGUGUACAGAAUGAACGCAUCGAGGCUGGCCGAAUGAAGAGGCUGGGCAUGGAGGUCAAGCAAAAUAUGGGCGUCAGAAUGGACACAGCCUUCGAGUGA